AUGGAAAAUGAGUAAAUGUGCAAGAAUCACCCUAAAUAAUCUCUUAGUUGGAUAUGCUUGGAAAGGAAUUGUUAGUAAAGAGUGAUGUGUUCAACAUGUGCUGUUAAAUUGCAUGAUCGAAAUCACAAAUUGGAGGAAUUAUGUAAUAUUUAUGAGAAUGGAUGCUUGGCUACUUAUUUCAGUAAUAAGAAGAACUCGUCAACAGGAUUAUUACAAUUAAUAAAUGGCGAAUAGGAUAAUGUGUUUGUGAAUGAGCAAUAUGAUGAUUAUUUGCAGGAGGGGAUUGAAAGGUGUUUGAGAAAUGUUUCGAAAAAGAUCGAGGAAUCAAAGAACUAGUUGAUUUAAUAGCAUGAGAGAUUGAGAGAGGAUAAGGAAAAUGAGAGAAUGAAUUUCGUAGCUUAAUUAAGUGAAGUGGAUGAGAGAUUGAGGACAUCCUAAAAUUUGGAAGUCGAUAUUGAAGAUGCAUUUCAACAAAUCUAAUCCUUUGCUCAAAAGAAGGAGAUGGAGAUGGCCAACAAUAGAGAAAGUGCAAUACUUCUAAGGAAAAUUCGUCUGCUUGAAUUGAUGAAGGAGAACUUUCUGAAAAUGAUAAAGUCUUAUUUCCAUAACUAAUUCACAGCUGAGUUUUGUCAUCUGUUCGAUAUGCAAAUAGAGACUCUGAAUGCUCGAGAAGUAGAUGAUGUGCAAGGGUUUUUGGAUUACGUGGAUUCGAAGUGGAAACAAGACUAUCGUAACAUUCAAUUGUCGAUCGAGAAAUUUGUGGGUCGUCUGAAUGAGGGUUUGAAGUAUUGUAUAGGAAUGCCGCUGGAAAAUCAGAAGAAAUAGUUGUUAGUGCGAUCUCCGAUGAGGCAAUUCCCAAUCAAUAUUCAGACUCCCGCUUAUCAUCAAUUCACGUCUCCGAAACAAGUAGAAUUCACCAAAUCUUAAGUCAUAUAUGAGGAACCCAGUCAGAGAAAGAAUAUCAAGAUAGAACCCGUUAGUUAGAGUCUUUAAUAGUAUUAGUGA